GCAUGUCAUCAAGCCCAUAAGCAUAACUUAUUCCCCUGCACUUCUCCUUCAUAUACACACCUUUAGACUGUUAAACAAACUAUCAAGAAGAGACAAAUUCGACACAGUCCCUAAUAAUGGAGACCUUAAUUAAGCAAAUGAGUAUACAAUGAUGAAUAUUGUUAGGGCGAAAUAUUCUGGUGUACAGCAGCGCAAUAGGGACAAUCCUGGCAGGGUGAGAUUUUCUGAUGUGGAAUUGGAGAAAGGAGAUGCUGAAAGUACCAGAGACCGAAGAAUCCCACCCCAGAAAACUCAGUCCUUCAAAGGAGACAAAAAGAAAAGCUGGCUCAAUAGACAGUUUUCUGGACAAAUGAAUCAGGAAUACAAUUUCUCAGAUAGUGCCGAGUACCCAGCUGCUGUUGCUGCAGCUGCGUAUGCCAUUAAAACCAUUGAAGACUUGGGCAUUGAAGCUCAAAAAAGGGAAAAUGCUGCGUCUAAAACCUUGAAAAAGAUCAGGAGCAAAUCAGAAGAUAAAUUCCCUAAUGUCACAGAACCUCGUGCUGACCCGAGAAAAGUCUCAGAUGAAGUUCAAGAAAAAAGGGUUCCCAUCACCACAUCUACAGAUAUAAAUAUACCAAAAGAAGUCACAGCUCCAGUACCAUCUUUCAAAAGAAUUCCUACUAGUGCAGAUGAGCAAUUUAACAGCAUUGAUGCUGUUGAAUUCAAAACUACAGAACCCAAAAGGACAGAUGUUUCUGCUCCAAGGAUAAAAAAGACUCCAACUUUUCCUGAGAAGAACUUGAACAGCACUGGGAUUGGAAAACCUGAAUCUACUUUUCCGAAGUCUGAUCAUCAAAAUACCAAACCAGCCACAUUCCCGCCAACUGAUACCAAAGGACAAAGUUCAGCUAAACCUGGCAUGGAAAACACCAAGGCAGAUGCCUGGGAAAAAGCUGAGAUGGCUAAAAUUACUGAACGGUAUGAAAAGUUGAAUGCAAAGAUUUUUGAGUGGGAAUCUAAGAAGAAAACAGCAGCCAAGCGCAAGAUGGAUAAGAUAGAGAGUGAUCUGGAGAAGAAACGAGCAAAAGCAAUGCAGAAGUACCGAAGCAAAAUGGCCAUGAUAAAUCAGAUCGCAGGUGGAGCAAGAGCCAAGGCAGAUGAAAAUCGAAGACAUGAAGAGGUUCAAGUGAAAGAGAAAGCAAACAAAAUUCGAACAACAGGGAAAUAUCCAGCUUCAUGUUUCUGCUUCUGACUGAAAUAAGUGCAAGAAUGUCUAACAAGGCUGAACUUGUUCAUAUUACAAAUUUCUAAUAGUUUGAAAAUUAUGUUGUCAGUUACAGUAUUUUAUAUUCUUGUAUGUAUUUUGUGCUUUAUGUGACAAGAAUAACGGGAAAACAA